UGUGCGCUGAACUUUGACCUCAUUGUAGUCCACGUGCUCCUUGCUGCGAUCAGAACUAAAAUGGCAUCUAGAGCGCUGGUAAGAGUUGCUUCCAGUACCAGACCACUGCUGACAAGAGUGAGGCCGUCUGCUCAAUGGAGACACCUCUCAGCUGUACCGAUUUGGAGGAGUAAGACUCCCACCACUUCAAUUACUUCCUACAAGUGGACUCCUUCUCUUAUUGGUUGGCAGCAGACUCGAGGGAUGGCUUCAGAUGAGCUAACAGUUUCAGACCUGGAGGAUAGGGCUCAACAAGUCCUUAAACUGUUUGAUAAAGUGGAUCCAGCCAAGGUUACGCUGGAGGCCCACUUCACGAACGACCUAGGAUUGGACAGUCUGGAUGCAGUGGAGGUCGUGAUGGCAUUCGAGGAUGAGUUUGGCAUUGAGAUCUCAGAUGAGGACGCUGAGAAGAUACUCAGUGCUAAAGAUGCUGUAGAUUUCUUAAAGAAUGCUCUCGAUGUUCAUUAAUGACACUGUACUGGUGCUAGCUAUGCUAGUGUAUGCUUAGUGUGCAUAUCUCUUUCAGUUCAUUUCUAUUGUGUGGCCACUGUUACAAUUAUAGUUUUAUGUAGACUUUCUUGUGAAGAAAUUGAACAAUGUGACCUCAA